CCGUUAUAGCAACGAUUCUCUUAUUGCUGCGGUGAACUAUGGGGUGGUGGAAGCGUUUAUUUGGCCCUGGGAACAGCAGUGAGUGCCACCUACUGCCUCUGUGUACUGGAGGCAGCGCCGUGGAGACUCCAAGAGGGAGAAACCCCCCGCUCUCUCCUGGGCUCGUCCCGUUUCUGCUCUUCGUGAGCAGUUCUGCUCUCCCUCUGCGCUGAGCUCAGCUCCUGCUCCCAUCUGAGCUGCUCGCCCUGCAUUGCUGCCCGCCUGCCUUGCAUGCAGCCUCCCCUCCGCGUGGAGCAUCUCCACCCCGAGCGCCGCGCAGCUCUUCCAUUGCAAGCCAGCAGGCAGCAGCCAUCCUGAGCGCAGGAGAGGAGGAGCAGCUCCUGCCACAUCUGCCUUCAGCUCUGCAGGAGAGCUGAGGGGAAUCCGAGCGUGGCUGCUGGAGGGGUUGGUCAGAGGAGCAGAUGGGAGAGGAGAAGCUUUGGCUGCUGCUGAAGGCGCUGCCGAGUGUCCGUGUGUCGGCUCAGAAGCAGCGCAAGGAGGGAGAGCUGAGGGUUGGGAAGGAGCCCGAGGCGCAGCCUGCAGCUCUGAGCUGGGAUUGCUGCGCUUUGAUUAGGAGGAGAACCAGGGCUUUAAUUAAAGCCGCACGGGCGAAGGUCCGAUUCCGCAUUCGCAGCGUUGAGUGCUUGCUUUAAUUAAAACCAGGACCAACGAAGCCGCCUCUCCUCAGCCCCCCGGCUGCUGAUGGCAGCGCUUCCGCAGGCCCUGCGUUUUACUGCCUCCAAACCAAUGGGUCCUGGAGGUGUGGGCAGCCCCCCCCCCAUCCUUUUAGACAACGUUUAUUUAUUUUCUGCACAGCUCGCAGUGGGAGAAGCGGAGUGCUGACCCCAUCUCUUAAUUACUGCCGCAUCCUCCCUGGCCGUAACCUUUGCGCAGUGCCCUGCUCGCUAAUUAACAGCUGCCAGCACCCAGCUAGGAGCUUUCCCAGGUUCCCCCCCCCCCCCCGGUGAUUUAAAGCUGCUGAGCCGUUUGUCCCCAUCCAGGCCGUGGCUCUUCAGGUGGCGGCAGCAGUGUUGGGGCAGGCUGUGAUUUAGGGAGAUGCCGAGGGCCAUCAAUCAGCGGAGGCAGCGCGCCGGCCUGGCCCGUUCCUGGCACCCGGCGCCAAACAGCCAGGCUGACUGGGUCGGUUUUAUGGACGGGAGAGGAUUUAUUGUUGCAGGCAGAUAAGGGGAGAGCAGAGAAGGCGGCACACCCAGCGGGGCGGCUGAGAAACAAAUCCAGCCUCAGUGCCCUCCUGGGUGGAAAAGCAGAGCGUGGCGCAGGCUGGGCCAGGUUCCUCUAAUGGAUCCCCCUCCGUCUUGCAGUUCUGACCCCCACGGUGGCUCUUUCUCCCCAUUCUACCCUCCUGCCUUUGCCAUCCGGCUGUGCUUUGCCUCCUGCCCCUCUGGCUGCCUUCUGGUUGCAGUGUGGGGCAGCAGCACCUCCAUGGGAGCGGAGGGGGUCCGGCCUUGCUGUGCUGAUGGGCAGAGCUGCUCUCGUGGCAGGCUGUGCAUUGAGGCCAAGCUGUUUGCAGAGCUGCUGCCCGUGUUUGCUCCUGAGCUGGCUGUUCUGAGUGCUCUGACUGCCAUGGCAGAGGCCCUGGGGAUGCAAAGGGGGCGCGAUGGGAGCGUGGCCCCGCGCUGCCCCUCUCCUCCAGGCUCGGUUUCUUCUGGCCCUUCUUAUUGCGAUGUUCUCUGAGCCGUGGCUGAAAAUGGGGCAUUUCUGUUGUGUUUGUUUUCUUUUUUGUUGCACUUCCUCUGCAGGGAAUGGGUACUGAAGAGCAGCAUCCUGAUAGCCAUGGCUGUGUACACCUACCUGCGGCUCAUCGUGGACCAUCACGGCACGGCGCCGCUGCAGGCGCUGCGUCAGAAGGAGGUGGAUUUUUGCAUCUCCCUCCUCCGGGAACGGUUCAUGGAUUGCUUCAUGAUCGGCCGCGACCUCGUGCGGCUCCUGCAGAACGUGGCCAGGAUCCCUGAGUUCGAGCAGCUCUGGAAGGACAUCAUCCACAACCCACAGGUGCUCAGCACGCAGUUCACAGGUGUCCUACAGCUCCUCCAGUCCAGGACCUCGCGCAAAUUCCUGGCGUGCCGCCUCACCCCCGACAUGGAGACCAAACUGCUCUUCAUGACCUCGAGGGUGCGGUUCGGGCAGCAGAAGCGAUACCAGGACUGGUUCCAGAGGCAAUACCUGUCCACCCCUGACAGCCAGUCCCUGCGCUGCGACCUCAUCCGUUACAUCUGCGGCGUGGUGCACCCGUCCAACGAGGUGCUCAGCUCCGACAUCCUGCCUCGCUGGGCCAUCAUCGGCUGGCUGCUCACCACCUGCACGUCCAACGUUGCUGCUUCCAAUGCCAAACUGGCUCUGUUCUACGAUUGGCUCUUCUUCAACCCUGAGAAGGACAGCAUCAUGAAUAUAGAGCCUGCCAUCCUUGUGAUGCAUCACUCCAUGAAGCCUCACCCUGCCAUCACCGCCACGCUGCUGGAUUUCAUGUGCCGGAUCAUUCCCAAUUUUUACCCCCCUUUGGAAGCUCACGUUCGCCAGGGGGUCUUCAACUCCCUCACCCACAUCGUGGAGAAGCGCGUCCUCGCCCACCUGGCUCCUCUCUUUGACAACCCCAAGCUGGACAAGGAGCUCCGAGCCAUGCUGAGGGAGAAGUUCCCAGAGUUCUGCAGCUCCCCCUCGCCCCCCAUCGAAGUCAAAAUCGAGGAGCCCGUUUCCAUGGAGAUGGACAAUCACAUGUCAGACAAAGAUGACAGUUGCUAUGACAACGCCGAGGCCGCCUUCAGUGAUGAUGAAGAGGACCUGAACAGCAAAGGGAAGAAAAGGGAGUUCAGGUUUCAUCCGAUCAAAGAAACCAUCGUGGAGGAACCCGUGGACAUCACGCCGUUCCUGGACCAGCUGGAUGAGUCUCUGAAGGACAAAGUGCUGCAGCUGCAGAAGGGGAGCGAUACGGAAGCUCAGUGUGAGGUCAUGCAGGAAAUCGUGGAUCAAGUCCUGGAGGAGGACUUUGACUCCGAGCAGCUAUCAGUGCUUGCCUCCUGCCUCCAGGAGCUCUUUAAGGCUCACUUCCGCGGGGAGGUUUUGCCGGAAGAGAUCACAGAGGAGUCUCUGGAGGAGUCGGUGGGGAAACCGCUCUACCUCAUCUUUAG